CGUCGCGCUCGGUUGAGUGAGGGCUCUGGGUUAGUUCCUGUUAGGCCCCGGCCGGGGGGGAGUAGGUUGAAGUCUCCUAGGAUGCCCGGUGGCCGGGGGCGCCCGGCGCUGUGAGGAGGGCGUGCGGACGCGGCGAGGGGAGCCCCGCGGCCGGCCUGGGGAAGCGCGGCGGCGCAGCCCGCCCGGCCUGCACCAUGCUCAUAGAGGAUGUGGAUGCCCUCAAGUCCUGGCUGGCCAAGUUACUGGAGCCGAUAUGUGAUGCUGACCCUUCAGCCUUAGCCAACUAUGUUGUAGCACUGGUGAAGAAGGACAAGCCUGAGAAAGAAUUGAAGGCCUUUUGUGCAGACCAGCUUGAUGUCUUUCUACAAAAAGAAACUUCAGGUUUUGUGGAUAAGCUAUUUGAAAGUCUCUAUACUAAGAAUUACCUUCCACCUUUGGAACCAGUUAAGCCUGAGCCAAAACCACCAGUCCAAGAGAAAGAAGAAAUUAAAGAAGAGGUAUUUCAGGAACCAGCAGAGGAAGAACGAGAGAGCAGAAAAAAGAAGUAUCCUAGUCCUCAGAAGAUUCGUUCAGAAUCUAAUGAGCGAAGACCGCGUGAGAAGAAAAGAGAAGAUGGCAAGUGGAGAGACUAUGACCGGUACUACGAGCGGAAUGAGCUGUACCGUGAGAAGUACGACUGGAGGAGAGGCAGGAGUAAGAGCCGGAGUAAGAGCCGAGGCCUGAGUCGCAGUCGAAGCCGAAGCCGGGGGCGCAGCAAAGACCGGGACGCGAACAGGAGUGUUGCAGAGCACCGGGAAAGAUCGAAGUUCAAGAGUGAGAGGAAUGACCUGGAGAGCUCCUAUGUGCCUGUGUCCGCGCCCCCGCCGAGCUCCUCCGAGCAGUACUCCUCGGGGGCGCAGUCUAUCCCCAGCACUGUGACCGUGAUCGCACCUGCGCACCACUCGGAGAACACCACGGAGAGCUGGUCCAAUUACUAUAACAACCAUAGCGCUCCCGAGUCUUUCGGCCGGAACCCCCCACCAAAGAGGCGGUGCCGAGAUUACGAUGAAAGAGGAUUUUGUGUACUUGGUGACCUUUGUCAGUUCGAUCAUGGGAAUGAUCCCCUGGUUGUUGAUGAAGUCGCUCUGCCAAGUAUGAUUCCUUUCCCUCCACCUCCUCCUGGACUUCCUCCUCCACCACCUCCUGGAAUGUUAAUGCCUCCAAUGCCAGGCCCCGGCCCCGGCCCCGGCCCCGGCCCUGGCCCCGGUCCUGGCCCGGGUCCCGGCCCAGGUCCUGGCCACGGUAUGAGACUUCCAGUUCCCCAAGGACAUGGGCAGCCUCCACCCUCUGUUGUGCUCCCCAUACCAAGACCACCCAUAACACAGGCAAGCUUGAUAAACAACCGUGACCAGCCUGGGACAAGUGCAGUGCCCAAUCUUGCACCCGUAGGAGCAAGACUACCUCCUCCUUUACCCCAGAACCUUCUCUACACAGUAUCAGAACGACAGCCCAUGUACUCUCGUGAACAUGGCGCUCCUGCAUCUGAGCGACUUCAGUUGGGGACACCGCCUCCUCUGUUGGCAGCUCGUUUGGUGCCACCUCGAAACCUCAUGGGAUCCUCCAUUGGGUACCAUACCUCAGUCUCCAGCCCCACCCCUCUCGUCCCAGAUACUUACGAACCGGAUGGUUAUAAUCCAGAAGCUCCUAGUAUUACCAGUUCUGGUAGAUCUCAGUACAGACAGUUCUUUUCGAGAACACAGACACAGCGUCCAAAUCUGAUUGGCCUAACAUCUGGAGACAUGGAUGCAAAUCCAAGAGCUGCUAACAUUGUCAUCCAGACUGAACCUCCAGUUCCCGUUUCAAUUAAUAGCAACAUAACCAGAGUAGUUCUUGAACCAGAUAGCCGAAAAAGAGCGCUGAGUGGUUUGGAGGGGCCACUCUCAAAGAAACCUUGGCUGGGAAAGCAAGGGAAUAAUAAUCAGAGCAAACCAGGAUUCUUGAGAAAGAAUCAGUACACAAACACCAAAUUAGAAGUCAAGAAAAUCCCUCAGGAAUUGAACAACAUUACGAAGCUCAAUGAGCACUUCAGCAAAUUUGGAACCAUUGUUAACAUCCAGGUCGCUUUUAAGGGAGACCCAGAGGCAGCCCUCAUCCAGUACCUUACCAACGAGGAGGCCCGGAAAGCCAUUUCCAGCACGGAGGCGGUGCUGAACAACAGGUUCAUCCGGGUGCUGUGGCACCGGGAGAACAGCGAGCAGCCGGCGCUGCAGCCCUCCACGCAGCUGCUCCUGCAGCAGCAGCAGACGCUCGGGCACCUCGCCCCGCAGCACCACCACCUGCCGCAGCACCUGCAGCAGCAGCAGAUGCUGGUGGCCCAGUCUCCUCCGUCAGCGGGACACGGAGGGGUCCAGAAGAUGAUGAGCAAACCGCAAGCGUCCGGCGCCUACGUUCUCAACAAAGUUCCUGUCAAACACCGUCUCGGCCACGCGAGUAGCAACCAGAGCGACGCAGCCCACUUCCUGAAUCAGGCAGGGGGCGCUGCGGAGGAUUGCCAGAUAUUUUCAUCUUCAAGCCAUCCAAAAAUGGUUUACAGCUCUUCAAAUUUAAAGACAUCUUCAAAACUUUGUUCAGGGUCUAAAUCGCAUGAUGUUCAAGAUGCUCUUAAGAAGAAGCAGGAAGCUAUGAAACUACAACAAGAUAUGAGAAAAAGGAGGCAAGAAAUGUUGGAAAAGCAGAUAGAAUGCCAGAAGAUGCUAAUAUCUAAGCUAGAGAAAAACAAAAACAUGAAACCAGAAGAGAGAGCAAAUAUAAUGAAGACUCUGAAAGAACUUGGAGAAAAGAUCUCACAGUUGAAAGAUGAGUUAAAAACAUCUUCUGCCGUCUCCACGCCAUCUAAAGUAAAGACAAAGACCGAGGCCCAGAAAGAGCUACUAGAUACCGAGCUGGACCUCCAUAAGAGGCUGUCCUCAGGAGAAGACACGACGGAGUUGCGGAAGAAACUCAGUCAGCUACAGGUUGAGGCUGCGCGGUUGGGCAUCUUGCCUGUGGGUCGCGGCAAGACCAUGUCGUCUCAAGGUCGAGGCCGAGGCCGGGGCCGCGGUGGGAGAGGAAGGGGCUCCCUCAAUCACAUGGUGGUGGACCAUCGCCCCAAAGCGCUCACGGUCGGGGGCUUCCUGGAGGAGGAAAAAGAUGAAUUACUCCAGCAUUUCUCAGCUACAAACCAAGGAUCAAAAUUCAAAGACCGCCGGCUGCAGAUACCGUGGCACAAGGCCAAAGUGCCUUCUGUCUCCACCGAGACUGAAGAAGAGGAAGUCAAGGAGGAGGAAACAGAAACCUCAGAUUUGUUUUUGCAUGAUGACGAUGAUGAAGAUGAAGAUGAAUAUGAAUCUCGUUCGUGGCGAAGAUGAAAUCUGUUGCGAGCUGUGUAUACUUUUUAGGAAUAUUGUUUAAAAGAACAACUUUUUACAAUUAUUUAAAGACGUCAAUGAGCCAAAAAAUUUUUUUAUUUUUCUUUUCAACACAGUAGGUGUAAAGCCGGCAAGUUUGCUAUUUAAACACAUCUCAUAACUGUUCAUGAUAUUAAAGCACCAAAGGCCUAGUGACUUUGACACGGCUGUGAAGACCCACAGGAGUGACUUGGAGAAUCUCUAGAGCCUUACUUUCCACACCACCUGUUUUGUUGCUAUUGGUGUUGGAUUAUGAUGUAAAUGACAGGGUGUUCAGAAAUUUUAUUUUGGAUUAUAUUCUGCUGAUAAAAUUUCAUUAAAUGUCAAAACCGCUUGGAAUCUCUUAACUCUCAGCUAUUGCGGAUGGGUCGUCAGACAGUAGGAGAUAUUUGUGAUGCAAAUACCUUUUGCUUUCAAGAGUUGUCUUGGAAGGAAAGAAAAUUUAUCUGAAGUUUUUCACUUUGGAGGAGCCCAAUCUAUGUUCAUGCUAAAAUUGGCAGGGGUUUUAUGUACAGUAGUACCAUGUUAGUGUGUGUUCUUAAACGCGGUAAGGCAGUGGUAGCUAGCUACGAAAUUCCUGUGCUCAUCAUAGGAACUGUCCUGGAUUCUGCUGCUGAUCCUUGCUUUUUGGUACUGUGACAUUGGUUCUCCUAGGUCUUUUUCUUAACAUUCUCAGAAUGUAAAAGGUUUUCACUGUUGCCCUUUCCUCGUCCUUGUUUUCUUUUUCCUGCCUUUUUUUUUUUUUAAUUAAUGAUCCUCAUUUGCCCAUUAUUGAGAUAAGUGAUUCUUUUAGGCCACCAAAAUUCAGUCCCUAAUAAAAAGCUUAAACCAGCACCUUGAUAAGUAAGUGAUGUUUUGAUGAGAAGAAUAAUGAAAGGAUUUACGGAGGAGAGUCACCAGCCUUUUUUUUUCCUUCUUUUUUUUUAAGUUUCAGUUGAGUUACACUAACACAAAAGGCUUUACGAAAAGUGUCUGGAAUUCCUAAAUUCAAGCCCUGAUGGUGUGGUGACUGGGGGCAGGGUGGGGUGGGCUAGGGGGUGGGCUGCUAGGAAUAAAUGGGAGUCAUACUUGACUUUGAUCAGAUGAACUUAUAUUUUCAUAAUUUUGUAGCUUGUUGUUGCUAUCCAUGAACAUACACAUCCUUCCGUAGACGACUUCCUUCACUGUGUGCAUUUUUACUGUACACUGUAUAGAGUAUCUGUUAAGUAAGAUAUAUAUGUAAAGUUAUGUCCUUGUGUUCUGAAUGUGAGAUGGAAAAGCAGAGGAGCAGCACGACACUGUAUUGACCCCGGGAAAUAAAAAGAUUCGUGUAUAUAGGAUGUCACUUUCUUGGGGAGAACGCACAGCUGUCUUUUUAUAUGUGUGUGGUGUGAAACUUGGAAACUUCCUGUUGGCUUCAGAGGGUUCUUUGUGAUCACUAUAUCAAGGAUUUUGUUCUUCAGGUAAAUACUGUUUUUCGAAACAGGAACUCUUCCCUGAGAAAACUUUAAACCCGUCAGGACCUUAGAAAGUCCAGUCCCUGGUUCUGAUUGUUUUUUUCCCCCCUUCUGCGUAGUUUCCUGGAGUGGUGUGUCAAACCAGGAUUAUCUUUAAGUUGAUGUAAUUUUGCUUUCAUAAAUAAUAAGGACUUCCUAUUUCUAGGUUAGUAUAUAUAUUUUUUAUAACACUGAAGCUAAAAUUAAACUCACAGAGAAAGGAAAGCGCUACAUGGGGUACCGAGAAUAAGCAAUCUUGCUCCUUCUUCCUCCUCCGUCAUCUCUGAUGAAAUUUUCUUGAUGUCUGUGGCUCAGUCAGUAUAUAUUUUGAAAGAUUCAUUGUGGUGAAUAUUUUGAGUCCUGACAGUUUAAACGUGAUAGAGGGAACAAAGGAUUUAUAUAUUUUUUGUACAAAGUUCUUUCUUAAAUUGUAUAAUUUUGUAAAUAAUUUGUUUGGUUUUUUUGUGUACUAAAACUACCAGCGUAUAGAUUUCAAUAAGAAUUGUUGUAUUUUUGUAUUUGGAAACUGAAAAUUACAGUAAAUUAAUGGAGCUGUAAGAAAAUUUUCAGUAGACAGUUCAACAGAAUGAGAUUCCUUUUCAUAUGAUUUUUUAGCCUCAAAAUUGACAACUUACUAUGCUCUCAGUACAGAUAGACUUGAGGACUUACUUGACUUUUUAGUUAUUGGGGGACGGGAGAUCGAAAAGUGAAAAUAGAUACAUACUUUGAAGUAAGCUUUGAGACCCUUUGCAUAAAACUUAGUUUUCCAUACAUCUUAAAUAGAACUAAAAUACCUUUGAGAUGCCCUUUAAAAGAAUUCUCAAACAUUUGAUACUGAAUUCAAAAUACGGAUUAAAGAUAAUAUUAUAAAAUUUAAGUUAAGGUUAACGUAGAGUAAUUUGAGUAUAUAUACAAACAAAGAUAUUUCCCCAUCCCCUUCCCCCACCCCUUUUGGGUUUUCUUUUUACCCCCACCCUUAAAUCCUCAAGUGUUAGAAUUUUUCUCUCGAAAAAGUGACUAACUUAACGUUACUUGUUUUCUUGGCAUCUUUAUUUACAGAGAUAACGUUUAGCGUCUGAGGGAAAUUGUGUUCUUUUUAAUAUGUAUGACAUCUAAGUGGCUGAUGAGCAGUGACCAUCUCCAAUCCGGUCCAGUCAGCCUGGUUUACUAGAGAAGUCUGCCCGAGGUCCAGCAGGUAACCCCAGGGAACACAGGGUUCCCCUCAAUUUCUUCACAGCAUAACUUUGGGUACAUGUCGUCACUAGUGAAGACGAUAAAAAUCGGAAAGUUUGUCUUGUUAGGGUCAAAAGGUCCAUUGUUGAUGGUUUAUCAUUUCAAAAAGAAGAAAAAAAAAUCAUGUGAAAAGGAAUAGUGGUUCCUCUCGAUGUAUAGUAUGCCUGUAUUAUAGUUUUUACAAAAUUGUGAACUUGUGUAAUAGUAUAAUAGGAGAUAUUGUUGAAUUUCUAACUGUUUAUACAUUUAAAUUCAUAUAUGUAAUGUUUGUUUUAUCGAUUACAAUCUGAAUUUCUAAGAAGCAUGUUGACUUUUGCAAUAAAGAUGCAAUAUGGAAUGGUUCACAAUUGGAAAAGAAAAAGAAAAAGAAAAAAGAUAAAAGUAUUAUGAAUUCAAAACAAUUCGGAAAAUUUAUGAACCAUUCCAAAAAUUUAACAA